GGGGAGCGGAGCGGAGUCAGACAGCACCGCGCGCCGCGCCGGGCCCCCGCCACGCCGCCGCCGCCCCUGCGCGCCCCCGAGCCGCGGCCCGCGCCCCCGCCGCGCCACCAUGUCGGUGGAGCUGGAAGAAGCUGACCUGCCCCUGACCGAGGCGGAGGAGGUGCCGCUCGCCCCGGAGAAGAAAGCGGCCGCUAAGAAGGCGAAAGGCGGCGGCUCUUCGCUGUCGCCGUCGAAGAAGAAAAAGAACAACAAGAAAAAGAACCAGCCGGGCAAAUACAGCCAGCUCGUAGUGGAGACGAUCCGCAAGCUGGGCGAGCGCAAUGGCUCCUCGCUGGCCAAGAUCUACAACGAGGCCAAGAAGGUGGCCUGGUUCGACCAGCAGAACGGCAGGACGUACCUGAAGUACUCCAUCAAGGCGCUGGUGCAGAACGAUACGCUGCUCCAGGUCAAGGGCACCGGCGCCAACGGCUCCUUCAAGCUCAACAGGAAGAAGCUUGAAGGCGGCGGCGACGGGGGCGCGGGCAGCAGCUCCCACAAGAAGGCGACGGCCUCCACGUCCCGGCGGGCGGAGAAGAAGCCGACGGCCAAGAGCAAGAAGCCCGAGAAGAAAUCGCACAAGAAGGGAGCCGGCGGCGCGCCGGCCAAGAAGGACAAGGGCAAAGCGAAGAAGGCCACCAAGGGAGCCGCGUCCCCCGGGGGCAAGAAGGUGAAGAAGUCGGCAAAGCCCAAGGCACUCAAGAGCAGGAAGGCAUGAGAGCGGGGCGCAGGGAGCCCCCAGACUGGGAGCCCCGCGGCACAGGACGGACCCCAGGGGACCCGCUUUGUCUUUGUGUUGCUGACUCGGCUCCGCAGCCGCCGCCGUGCGCGGUGAGCGGGGCUGCGGCUGCCCCCCCCCCCCCCCCCCCGAGCCUUCCCCUUCGCCUUUUUUUCCAUCCUUCCCUUUCCCCCGCGGCUUCUUUCCCCCCGUCGCGCCCUUUUGUUGUCGCCAUGCCCCUCCCUGCGCAGCCGGCUCCUGCCCCCGCCUCCCCUCGGCCCCGCGGCGCUCGCAGGGCUCUUUCCCGCCCGGUUUCCAUGGCAGCCAUUUUGCGGCGGCGCCCCCGCUGCCCGCGCGCCACGUGGGCCGGCUCGCGCCGCCGCGGCCCCGCCCCUCCCGCGCGGUUCGAACGGCCACGGCGCCCCCUAUUGGCUCGCGGGCGCCCGGCGCCACGGCAACGGGCCGGCGCCCGCCAAUCGGCUGCCGCGGCGCUCUGACGGGGCGGGCGCUGGCGGGCGGCACCGCGCCCCCUGGCGGCCCGGCCCGCGCCGCCUCCGGCCGCGCUUUCAAUGGCCUUUAGGGGUUUUUUUACUCGGUUUUGGGCCGGUUUCGGUUCUCUUGGGGGGGGGGGGGGGGUGUUGGGGGUUUUUCGUUUGUUUUUUUUCUUUUUCAUUUAUCGUCGUUUCAAAUAAAUUGUUACAAAACGUC